CGCUUGUAGUGCAGCUGCUGGCCUUGCCCGAAAGUUGCCGGCACUCGGCAGGUCUACCUGGACCCCCGUGAAAUCGAGAGUUGACAUGGUCUUUUAUAGCGUGAAUCUAGCAAGUGGAAAGCGGAAAGGGCAACACUCUGCUUCGGACUGCAGUCGACAGUCAGCUGCAUCCGACUUAUCCACGCGUGUACAACACGUAGUGCAGCUGCUGGCCUUGCCCGAAAGUAUUACUACUAUUAGUUGCCAGCAGGUCUACCUGGACCCCCGCGAAAUCGAGAGUUGAGAUGAUCUUUUAUUAUUAUCGUGAAUCUAGCAAUACAAGUGGAAAUCGGGAAGGGCAGCACGCUGUUUCGGACUGCAGUCAGCUGCAUCCGACUUGAAUGGUGAAACUCUCCUUUCUUUCCGGGAAGCCGUCGGGGCUGCCUAGAGGCUUGGAGCUCAGAAGUAAAGAUUGGAGCCAAGCAGAUUCUCCUCGACAUUUAGACUGUAGCUGAUUGUGUUACCAAGUCCAAGCGACGCCAUGUCCAACGCCGUGAAAGUGGCGGUGCGAGCGCGCCCUUUGUCAGACAGAGAGAUAAAGACAGACAGCAAAAUCACGCUAUCUAUGACCAGCUCCACCGUUCGCCUUCAUGAUCCAAAGGGAAGAGCUUCUACAGGAGGUGCUGGUCCAGUAGUGCAAGGAACUAAGUCUUUCACAUAUGACUACUGCUAUUGGUCAACUCAGCAUCAUGAUUGCAACUUUGCAUCUCAGGACAAGGUGUUUGCUGACCUCGGUACUUUACUUGUGGAGAAUGCUGUGAAAGGUUACAAUGCAUCAGCCAUGGCAUAUGGUCAGACUGGCAGUGGUAAGACGUACACCAUGAUGGGAACCGAGGCUGACCCAGGUCUUGUCCCACGUCUAUGCCAGGCGCUGUUUGACCAUAUCAAUGCCAAUCAAGAUCCCAAGGUGUCCUUCAGGACUGAAGUUAGCUACAUGGAGAUUUACAAUGAGCACGUUGGUGACUUGCUUGCUGUCAGUGGCAAGAAGAUUCAGCACAAUUUACGAGUGAGAGAAGAUCCUCGUCGCGGCCCGUAUGUUCAAGGCUUGAGUUCACAUGUUGUAUCUGAUCAGAAUGCAAUGCUUGACAGAAUGGCAGUGGGAAAUGCAGUCAGGACAACCGCAUCCACACUAAUGAAUGACACAAGCAGUCGCUCACAUGCCAUAUUCACAAUCAAGUUCACUAAUGCAUGCUUCUCAGCUGAUCGUCCUCAGGAGACAACAAGUCGUAUCAAUCUUGUGGACUUAGCCGGUAGUGAACGUGCUAAAGCUACUGGUGCCACGGGUACACGUCUCAAGGAGGGUAGUCAGAUCAACAAGUCUCUUGUAGCACUCGGCAAUGUCAUUUCUGCCCUUGCUCACAAGUCCCAAACAGAAGCCGCAGGCAAGAGCAAGAAGACCUUUACUCCGUACCGUGACUCAAUGCUAACCUGGCUCUUGAAGGACAGCCUGGGAGGGAACUCACGUACCAUUAUGGUUGCCACUGUAUCACCAGCAGAAUGCAAUUACAGUGAGACUUUGAGUACGUUACGCUAUGCAAGCCGCGCCAAGGACAUUGUCAACAAGGCAGUAGUUAACGAAGAUGCCAACGUCCGCUUGAUCCGUGAGCUCCGUGCUGAGAUUGCCCGUCUGAAAGCUCUUUUGGUAGCAAGCCCAAAUGCGGCAUUAUCUCCCAAUGGUGUUGUGUCCCAAGAGCUGGCCAAGAAUGAGCGCUUGGCUGAACAACUGACUCAGCAAUGGGCAGGACGGUGGGAGGAAAUCCGGCAAUUAUCACAGUAUGUGGGCGAGCGUCGCUGA